AUGACUUCAUCAAUGGCCUCAAUCGCCCAUGACUUCCCGCCAUUUCUUCGGGUGUUUACGGACGGGCGCGUCCAACGCCUUAUCACUAUCCCCCACUUGCCACCUUCCACCGAUCCCCUCACCGGCAUUCGAUCCAAAGACGUCGUCAUCUCACCCAAAUUCGGAAUCAAAUCCCGGAUCUUCCUUCCCAGAAUGAGCACUCAACAAAAGCUCCCUCUCAUCAUCUAUGUCCAUGGUGGCGCAUUUUGCUUCGGAUCGCCACUUAACGUGGUCACACAAAGCUUCCUCACGCCGCUAGUCUCCCAAACAUCCGCUGUCGCCAUCGCCAUUGGCUACAGGCUCGCCCCGGAACACCCUCUCCCGGCAGCCUACCAUGACUGCUGGGCUGCGCUGCAGUGGAUAGCCUCUCACGUGUCUGGGGCGGGACCCGACCCGUGGAUCAACAAUUAUGUUGACCCAAGUCGGGUUUUCUUGGUGGGUGACAGUGCCGGGGCGAACUUGGUUCAUUAUCUUGGGGUUCAAGCGGGAGUUAAUGAUACCCGUUUGGGUUUGGGUGUCCGUGGGUUGAUGGUAUUGCACCCGUAUUUUAUUCAGAAAGAGCCGGACGAAUUGACACGGUACUUGUACCCGGGUUGUUCUGGGUCGGAUAACGACCCGAAACUUAACCCGGCUUGGGAUCCGGAUCUUGGGAAACUUUGUACCUCGAGGGUAUUAGUAGCCGUUGCGGAAAAGGACUUUUUGAAAGCAAGAGGGGUGGAGUAUUAUGAGACAUUGAAAAAGAGUACAUGGGAAGGGACAAUUGAGUUUGUGGAGAAUGAAGAUGAAGAUCAUAUCUUUUAUUUGUUGAAUCCAUCAAGUAAAAAGGCCAAGGCUCUAUUUCAACAUUUAAUUUCUUUUAUAAAGCAAAACUGA